UGAUAAGAUCCUGGGGUGUUUUGUCAAGGGGGGGGACGACACCUUACCUUGCAUCGAGUAUAAGAGUCUUGAGCGUUUCCCCAAGAAUUGUUUCCGUUUUUCUUCACCCACCUUUCGUUUAACCAAGCUUCACUCGUUUAUAGCAUUCGUUAAACCAAAUCCAUCAAGAUGCGAGGUCUCGUUAUUCUCAGUGCGGCUGUCAGCCUGGCCAACGCCGCUGUUGUCGAGAGGAAUUACCCUGUUCCUGGACAGGAAGAGUACCCUGCUGUUCCCGACAACGAGUAUACUCCCCCGGCUGCUGCUUACCCUCCUCCUGCCGUCGAGAAGCCUUCCACCCAGCCCUCUAACGAGUACCCUCCUCCUGAGGCUACUAAGCCUUCCAAUGGUGGUGCCUAUCCUCCUCCUUCGGAGACCAAGCCUGUGACUCCUCCUGAGGAGACUCAGCCUACUGGCGUCUACCCUCCUCCCGAGAAGAGCACCGACGUCUAUCCCCCUCCCGAGAAGAGCACCGACGUCUAUCCCCCUCCUGAGAAGAGCACUGAUGUCUAUCCUCCUCCCGAGAAGAGCACUGAUGUCUAUCCUCCUCCCGGAAAGACCACUGGUGUCUAUCCUCCCCCUGAGGAGACUACCAGCGCCUAUACCCCCCCCGAGGAGACCACUGGCGUCUACCCCCCUCCUGAGGAGACAACUGAUGUCUACCCUCCUCCUUCCGAGACUCAGCCCGAGGAGCACAGCUCAACCGAGACUCCUUACCUCCCUCCCACCGAGACUCUUCCUUCCGCUGAGAGCUCUACCGAGACUCCUUACCUUCCUCCCAGCGACACUCUCCCCGCUGAGGGCACCUCCUCAACUGAGACCGGCUAUCUGCCUCCCACUUACACGAAGCCUUCUUACACCAAGCCAACCUACACCAAGCCUUCGUACACCAAGCCCGGCUACCCCGAGACCUCUCAGUGGACCACCUCAACCAUCUACACCACCAAGGUCCACACUGUCACCAAGUGCCCUCCUGAGGUUACCAACUGCCCUGAGAAGCCCCAUGUCACCACUGAGACUUACGCUGUCUCUACCACCAUCUGCCCUGUGACUGAGACUCACGUUGUCCCUCCCAAGGAGACUCACCCCGUCGUUAUUCCUCCUGUUCACCCUGGUAACGGAACCUGGACUCCUCCCAAGCCUCAGCCUCCUAAGGAGUCUCACCCCAGCUACCCUCAGCCUCCUGCUCCUCAGCCCCCUAAGGAGUCUCACCCCAGCUACCCUCAGCCUCCUGCCCCUCAACCUCCCAAGGAGACCUACCCCGCUCCCCCCAAGGAGACCCAGCCUGGCGUCACCCCUCCCAAGGAGACUCACCCCGCUCAACCUCCUGCUCCUCAGCCCCCCAAGGAGACUCAGCCUGCCCAGCCUCCCGCCGAGUCUCACCCUAGCUACCCUCAGCCUCCUGCUCCCAGCAAGCCUGUCGAGACUGCUCCCGUUGUCCCUGCCCCUAGCACUCCUGCUGAGACCUACCCUGCUCCUCCCGCCACCACUCCCACCCAGGUCACUGCCGGUGCUGGACGUGUCGGAGGUAGCGUCGGAGCUGCUCUCUUUGCGGCUGGUUUUGUCGCCUUCUUCCUGUAAAUAAUUUGACUGCUCACGCGGAGCAACGAGUAUAUGACGGUUUGGAGAUAUAUACGCUGCAUAGUAUAUGCACCUAUUACCUGCACCUAUUACUUUCUAUUAGAUAAUUUCUUAGAUUAAUAUGUUUACGGGCAUGAAGCCAAGUAAAGUGUUUACUAUUCAAUA